GUGGUCAAGAUAUGGUGUUUUGGUAUUAAUGGCUCGCUAAUCGUGACAAGUUGCGACGUCAAGGAAUAGGAAAUAAACAUUAAAAACUCUUAUAUUUGUAAUCACAUUAUAUUGCGCGUGGAUAAAUAUAAGUUUGUGCCUGAAGAUGUCUGACGAAGAUCCAACAAGCGUCAUUAAUAUGAUAGAAGAUUUACGUUCCGGAGUAGGAUCUUACCGUAAAAGUACUGGAGUUCCAGUGCGAUUAUCAGGAACUGGUUAUAUACCUACGAAGUUCAAUGAAAGCAAUGACAGCAUUAUUUCUCCAAAACGUCCAAGACUAGAUGAUUCUGAUACACCUACACUUAAUAAAACGCAGUCUGAAUCUGCUCCAGGUAGUCCAUGGGAAUGGCGACGUCUAAAAGGAGAGGUCAUAUCACUUAAGACUAGAUUAACUCAUCAAGAAGCAACGGUGCAACAGCUGCACAACAUACGCAGACAAAUGGAAGAAAUCUUUUCAAAUGAAAAAGGUGUCUUGCAAGUACAGUUGCAAGAGAAUAAACAAACCAUUCAACAGUUAGAAGUCAGACUUGAUGUUGCAAGACGAACUGUCCAGGAUUUAAAAGAGGCACAGGUUACUGCUGAGAAAGAAUGGUUCCAGGAAAGAAAUAAUUUAGAAAAAAAGAUAGCAACACUGAUGGACGAAAAUGCAAAAUUGUCAGAGAAUCUCAGGAAUAGCUCUGUAAAAGAAACUUCUCCUGUUCCUAAAGAUCCUUCUACUGAUCCAAAUGAAUUACAAUUGAAAUUGGAAAUGAUGGAGACUAAAACAGCAAAGUUGGAAGAGAGACUGAAGGACUAUUUCAAAGUGCAGCAGGAUUACGAAUUGCAGAACGUAGAAUUACAGAAUAUGAAACAUAAGCUAGACAAGCUUGAGUCAGAAAGAGCACUAUGGGAGGAGGGAAAGUUGAUGGUGGGAAGAGCUGCAAGAGCGAACGAUCUCGAAAAGGAAUUAAACAUGGCUAAAAAAACUAUUGCAGUGCUAAGAGAAUCGGUCAAGGAGAAAUUACUCUUAGAAGAACAAAUGAGCAAUAUGACUAAAAGACUAGAACAUACUGAAAAAGUAGAACAACAAGUAGCGAUGUUGGAGGCGAAACAAUCCGAGCUUAUGCUUCGUUUGCAAGAAUAUGAGACAAUUGGUAUUAUUGGCGGACCCACAGCAUUGAAGCGAGAGUUGAAUAGACUUCAGCAAGCUGAGCUGGACUUGAAAUCGGAAGAAGGUCAGCUCAGAUCGAGAUUGGACGCAGCUCUACGAGAAUCGCAGAAUCUAUCAAAGAAUUACGAGGAUGCAAAGAGAUUGGCUUCCGAUGUAACAUCAUCAAAGGAAAGAUUGAACAAGCUUGUAAGCAGACUUCAGAAGAAGAUGAUUCUUGUUACGAGGGAAAGAGACAGUUACAGACAGCAAUUGGAUCUAUACGAAAGAGAGAUAACAGUAGACGGCAACAACGCGAUAAACGAAAGAAUACCUGCUCUAGAACGCGCUAUAGAUGGAUACAGAGAGCUAAUCAGCAAAUUGGAAGCGGAUCUUCAAGCAGCCGAUGCUGAUACUCAGAGGAAUGAGAACAAUAAGUUAAGGGAGCAGAUUGAACAAUUGAAAGGCGAGCUCGAACAUCGAGCAUUAAAAGGUGAUUUCAACUGCAACGCACGGGUGUUACAUCUUGUGAUGAAUCCCACAGCAAUAGCAGAAAAACAAGCUGAGGAAAAACAAUUGGCAUUACUGCGAGAAGUGGAAGAACUCAGAGCGAAGAUGACGUCGGGAAAUUACGGCGCAACCACGUCAUCGUUACACGCGCAAGAAAUCACGGAGUUGAAGCAAUCGCACGAGUUAAAGAUAACGCGUUUAAAGGAGGCUUUCAAAGCGUCGUCGCAAGAAUACAGACAAGCGUGUUAUCAGUUGUUUGGCUGGAGGGUCGAUCGAACGAAGGAAGGUUGCUACAAGCUGUCUAGCCAAUAUGCGGAAUCGCCAAAUGAUUUUCUUUUCUUUCAUGUUGGAGAGGCUGUGGAUUUGUUAGAAACCACUUUUUCCGCGACUCUGGGCAAUUUGAUCGAGCAAUACUUGGAGAAACAGCACAGUGUUCCCAUGUUUCUCAAUGCCGUACAGUACGAGCUUUUCAGUCAACAAACUGUAACAAAUGUUAUAACAUAAUAUUCUACUUUCAAAUCUCUGGUAUUGUUAUUUGUAAGUUCUACCGAAGUUCAAAUAUACAAUAUACAAUUUUUGAUUUUUCAUAUUUUUUCAUAUUUGAACCAAUAAACUAUCUUUUUGCGUAUGUAAAAACUUGCGUAUGUGUUGCUACUAACAAGUAUGUGUCAAUAAAAUAUAGACACAACCUACAUAAAUCUA